AUGCCAUCCAUUACCGCGGUCCACGAGUCGCUCCCAUACAUCGACCUAGACCCAACCCCGUCCGAACGCGCCAUCGCCGAAGCGCUCAUUGCACAGGAACGCUCCCUCGUCCCCGACGACCCUCACCACGCCCUCCUCCCGCCACCACCGACCGCGACCCCCUUCCUCACCCCGCUUCUCACAGCCGAGCUCUCCCGCCUAGCCUCCUCUUCCGACCCCUCCAAAGCCAAGCUCGCCGCGCUCGACUUUUCCCGCUACGAAGCGCCGGAUCCACCCUCCCCGACCACCCUUUCGACCCUCCCCCCUUCCGAAGCAACCACCCUCCUCCAACAGACCCUCACCCGCGCCUACACGGCGCAGACCUACAUCUCGUCGCGCCGCGCCCACCUCGCGCUGCUCGACACGUACGGCAAGAACGCCUGGCUCGUGGGAAACUACUACCUGGAAGGGGAGCUGAAGGCGCUCGAGAAGGAACUGGCCGAGACGAGGCGCGAGAUCGACCUGCUCACGCUGCAGCGCAAGGAGACGCAGGCGCAGGCGGGGCCCGAGAUGGCGUCGCUCGAGGAGGCCUGGAAGAGGGGCGUCGGGAGGGUGCUGGAGACGGAGGCUGCGGCGGAGGGGUUGCGGCGGGAGGUUUUGGCGGAGAGGAGGCGG